AUGAGACUAGCCGCGUAUGCUGGGGCCUCAGUGGCCCUGGCCACCGGUGUGUUCUUGAAAGCGCUACAUCAACGGGCCAACUUCUACUCUGCCUGCGUGUAUCUCUCACAGAGUAGUGCCAACCUCAUGAUCCUCACGAACUUAUGCCUUCUCAUUACCGGCUUCGUCCUCUUUUGGUUACAACGACUUCUUUAUGGGCCCUUACGCCCAAUCGAAACGGAACAAAUCUACGAGCGCGCAUGGUUUGCGGUGACGGAGACAUGUCUGGCCAUGACCAUCUUUCGUGGCGAGCUUGGUGGGUGGUUCUUGGUCAUGUUCAUCUCGCUCUUGGUUGGAAAGGUCUGGGGAUGGAUUGGUGAAGGACGGGUCGAAUAUCUCGAGCAGCAACCCCCUGCGAACCCGCGGCUGUUCCACCUCCGGCUGGCCUCGUCGCUGAUUCUGGCGGUCACUUUCGAUUUAUCUAUGAUGCGGUACUGCGUCAAAACCGUUAUCCACCAGGCGAAACCGGACAUGAUGGUCAUGUUCGGCUUCGAAUUCGCAAUCCUUACCAUUCUGUCAUUGUCCACUCUCGCACGCUACGGACUCGCUUUGGUGGAGAUCUAUAUCAAUCAUCAGCAGCUUAGGGCUAAGAUCGAAGAACGCCGAGCCGAAAUUCGAGCUGCGCGUGUAGAAGCUAUUCAGGCUUCUGCACGUGCCGGGGAGCCAUCACCACCAACCGAUCUCCCGGACGAAAAUGACGUGAACGAGCUGGAGAUCGACAUUCCUGGGUGGGAGGAGAAAGGCCGUUGGGUUUUCUACCUCGACCUCCUGACCGAUUUUGUGAAGCUGAUAGUCUAUCUGACCUUCUUUAUCAUCCUUCUUUCGUUCUACGGCUUGCCGAUCCAUAUCCUGCGCGACGUUGUCGUCACUAUUCGCUCUUUCUUCCGUCGUAUCAUGGACUUCCUGCGUUAUCGAAAUGCAACCAGAGACAUGAACGAGAGAUAUCCAGAUGCCACGCCCGAAGAAGUUGGAUCUGAGGAUGUCUGUAUCAUCUGUCGCGAAGAGAUGGUUUCGGCUCUACCGGCUCAGGACACAGGUGCCAAUGAGCAACCUGCAAUAACUGCACGCCGUGUGCCUGAUCGUCUGCGCCCCAAGAAGCUCCCAUGUGGCCACAUUCUACACUUUGCAUGCCUUCGAAGCUGGCUCGAGCGGCAGCAAAAUUGCCCCACUUGCCGACGCCCUGUGCUUGUAGCUGCAGCCGCAGCUGCCCGUAGCAACAACGCGGCUGUCAAUGGAGUUGGGCAACAAAAUGGUCCGGAUGGGAACCAGGCUCCUGGCCAACCAAACGGUGCAGACGGUCUGCCCAGAGCUCGGGUGUUCCAGUUUGGUCCAUUCCGCAUAGGCUUUGGUGCCGUUCGUGGCGACUUAUUCCAAAAUCUGCACCAGCAAAUCCAUCAAGGAAAUGCGCCGCUACAGCCUGCUGCGAAUGCGAACCCUCAAGGAGCCCGACAAAUUGGUCUCGGGUUCGGCUUUGGUGGCCGCCCUGCACCGCCGGCGGGGGCGGCAGCAGCAGCAGCAGCCGCCGCCCCUACUCCUGCGCCAACUGCUCCUACUGAUACUCAACCCCAACAGCCGGGGACCUCUUCGCGUCACAGUGAUAUCCAUUCUGAGCUACGGCGGAUUGAGCAGCAGAUCUCGAGUGAGAUGCAUUCUCUGCGAAUCGCUACAGAGCAUUACCUUCAUAUUCGUUCUCUCCAAGCUGAACUAGAUCGUAUCCGUCUCCAACAAGAACCUUACAUCGCUCAAGGAAAUCCUUCAACAGAAUCUACUACAGCGGCCCAGCGUCAACAACUCUUUGCGCCUCCGGGUACAACGGUUAUCCCUGCAGGAGACUCGCGCCUUCCGGAGGGAUUGGUGCUCCCCCCUGGGUGGAAUCUAAUUCCUGUUCAAACUGCUUCCGAGGGUGAAGCACAGGGUCUGGCACCAACAUCCACCAUCUCUGAACCCCAAACAGCUCCCCAGGCUCUUGCCACUCCAUCCCCGCCACAAGUCCCAGUUGGUACAACAUCUGAUCAUAGCCAAGGGACUGCCCAUGCAUCCGGCGCUUCAGCCAUGCCCAAUCCUACAACAGCCAAUGCUGAACCGUCAAUACCUAGCUGGGGCACACUAAAUGUGUCAUCGACGGAUCAACGGGCCGAGUCGCCCUCACAAGAGUGGACAGACGUGCAGGCAGAGCAAGCUUCUGAACCGGGCCCCUCCGUCAUCCCAUCAACUUGGGGCAGCAGUGUACAGGGGAAUAAUCAAGCAGCUGGCAAUGUAUCCUCGGGCACGGUCGACAAGGGAAAGGGCAAGGCUCCGACGGUUGAGGAGGCUGACGAGGAAACAUAA